CAAAGCUGUUAUGUAAUCAACACACAACCAGGAUGUAGCGUGCGAAGACUAGUGAUUCACGAAUGUGUUCUCAGCACUUUUUUUCUUUAUUGAGCAAGAGGAAGGAGGCAUGUAAGAAUCUGACUGCAUAAAACAAGAGCUGCUUUUUGAAAGGAUUCAUGACAAGGCAGAGACAGCCAGCAAGAGAAAAGAAUGGCUGAAGAAAAUGACAGUUUGGUGAAACAAAUGAAUAAGAUAUUUGAGGAGAAUAAAGACAACAAGAAUGAAGAGCUUUUUUUUACUUUCAAAGGAGUUUUGUAUCCUAAUCGCCUUUGUAGUGCAGAAACCUUUGAAGCACUGGAAACUUUUGAAGCAAGAGAGGAUGAUAUGCUAGUAAUUGCUUAUCCCAAGUGUGGUACCAACUGGGUAUUUCAAAUUCUAACUGAAAUGGUAGCUGCAAUUUCAAGUAAUAAGGAGUUACCACUUCCAAGGCACCUCUUAAUGCUUGAAUUUGGAGGCCCAGAAAAAUUUCUGAAAAUGAAAGAACAACUAUCUCCCCGUUAUUAUAUAACUCAUCUCCAUUACGAUAACAUUCCAAAAUCCUUUCUGGAGAAGAAAGUGAAGAUGCUAGUGGUAUUUCGAAAUCCCAAAGAUGCAGCUACAUCCUAUUAUCAUUUUUACAACAAAAAUCCUUUGCUUCCUAAUACUAGUUCCUGGGAUGACUUCUUUCAAAAGUUUAUGAGUGGUGAAGUUGGGUGGAGUUCCUACUUUGACCAUGCUCUGGCUUGGGACAAACAUAUGGAUGAAGAAAAUGUAAUGAUAAUUACCUAUGAAGAACUGAAAGAAAACCUUCUGGAAGGAGUCAAACGAAUUGCUGACUUUUAUGAACUCCCCCUAUCUGAUGAGAUGAUUAAGUCUAUUGCAGAUAAGGCUACCUUUCAAGCAAUGAGCAGCAAACUUCCGGAAGUUCUUGGUCAAUUUGCUUCUGUUAUUUUCAGAAAAGGUGAAGUGGGCGAUUGGAGAACUUUGUUCACUGAAGCUCAGAGCAAAGAAAUGGAUGCAAAAUUUGAAGCAUGUUUAGCUGGGACUAAACUGGGUGCAAAACUAAAAUAUGAUAAAUAUUGUAAAUUUUAAGAUGUGUACUUUUGAAAUGAAGUCAUUUAGACAUACCUUUUCUAAAUGAG